AGGCGGGGGUAUUGCUCUAAGAUAGACAGAUACAGGGCAUGCUGGUGAGGCUGGGGUAUUACUGCUGAUUGUCUCCCUCUCUGUCUCUCUCCCCCGGGCAUCACAUCAUCCCAGCCCUCCUGAGACAUUAAUACAAGAGAGAAAGUGAGCGCAUACAUCCCUGCUUGUGAGAGGGGGUGGGCUGUCCUUCACACUCCAGCGAGAGUCAGAGGCACGCACACACAGGGCUGGGGAAGUUAAGAGGGAGGCAGGGAAAAGGAUUGCUGUUGACAGAGAGAGAGAGAGAGAGAGAGAGAGGGAGAGAGAGAGAGAGAGGGAGAGAGAGAGAGAGGGAGAGAGAGAGAGAGAGAGAGAGAGAGAGGGAGAGAGAGAGAGAGGGAGAGAGUUAGGAGUCAUCUAGUUGUAAGUGCAGGAGAACAGAUCAAAACAAAAAAAGAAAAGACAAGAGCAAAGAUCCCGGGAGCACUUGAUUUCUUUUCGUCGGGCCUCUUUCUUGGGGAGAGGGCUUCUGGAUGGAGAAGGUCCCGGGAGAAGGGGAAAUGGAGAGACGAGAAAGAGUGGAUCAGCUCACAGAGGCAGAGAGAGUGAUGAUCCAGCACACCUGGAGCAAGGUGUACCAUCAGCGUGAGGAUGUGGGAGUCUCCAUACUCAUCAGGUUCUUUGUGAACUUCCCCUCAGCCAAGCAGUACUUCAGCCAGUUCGUGCACAUGGAGGAUCCCGAGGAGAUGGAGCGCAGCGCGCAGCUGCGGAAACACGCCGGCCGCGUCAUGAAUGCCAUCAACAGCGUGGUGGAGAACAUCUCCAACCCCGACAAGGUCUCCUCCAUCCUGGGGCUGGUGGGCAAGGCACACGCCCUCAAGUACAAGGUGGAGCCCAUGUACUUUAAAAUUCUCAGCGGGGUGCUGCUGGAGGUGCUGGGGGAGGAUUACUCGGACUGCUUCACUCCGGACGUCCAGAGAGCCUGGACCAAGCUGAUGGGCCUCGUCUACUGGCACGUGACGGCCGCCUACAUCGAGGAGGGCUGGGUGCAGCUGUCCAGCUCCGCAGUGUGAGGGACUAGGCCUCUGAGCCUGGACGAGGCCAAUGAGAGACUGGGAGCUAUGGGAACCAUGCCAGACCUUACUGGUGUGAGACUGUGGGAGUGGUUGUCUUAUAUCCCUCCUUCCUCGGGAGUGUUUAAUCAAAACGUUAGCUUACUACAUCAUCAUCAUCGUCAUCGUCAUCGUCAUCAUCGCCAUCAUCAUUAUCAUCGUCGUUGUUGUCAUCGUCAUCAUCGCCAUCAUCA